AUCGGACCACCACUUCAACUACAUAAACGUGUCUCUCUUUGGAAGCAAAGAGGAUAUCGCAAAUCCUUAUCUUCCAUGGCAAUCACCAUAAGCUUCCUUCUUGGAAUUAUUGGUAAUCUGAUCUCCAUUCUUAUGUUUGCUUCACCAAUAGGGACGUUUAAGCGUGUCAUCAAGAUCAAAUCGACUGAAGAUUACAAAGGAAUUCCAUAUAUAACGACGUUAUUGAGCACAAGUUUAUGGACGUUUUAUGGGCUAAUGAAGCCGGGAGGACUACUUGUAGUGACCGUGAAUGCCAUUGGAUCGGGCCUUCAACUCAUUUACGUUGUUCUUUUUCUCACGUAUGCUCCUAAACGCAAAAGGAUGCAAUCGUUGAAGUUGGUGGCGGUAUUAAAUAUCGGUUUCUUUGGGGGUGUCGUUGCGGUGACGCUAGGAGCUUUUCACGGUAACGAACGGCUUUUGAUAUCGGGCAUCAUAUGUGCCGGUUUAACCAUCGGCAUGUAUGCUUCACCUCUAUCGGCCAUGAGGACUGUCAUAAAGACAGAAAGCGUCGAAUAUAUGCCAUUCUUCCUCUCAUUCUUUCAAUUUCUCAAUGGUGGUGUAUGGGCUGCUUAUUCUUUGCUCGUAAAAGAUAUUUUUAUUGGAGUACCUAACGGGAUUGGAUUUGUGCUCGGAUCAUUCCAACUAAUCCUCUAUGCAAGGUACAAAAACAAGUCAUCAUCGCAAAAUUCAAAAGAGGAGAUGGAGGAAGAGGGCUCGGUACACCUCUUCAAAAGCAAAGUCGAAAUGCAAGACGUGGAACCUGGACCUGAUGAGCAAACCCGAACUCUUGGAAAAGUUCGAAGCCUCCCAAAUCCAUCUCGACAACAUAGCUUUCAAAGGCUUGCGAAGAUAAAUUCCUUAAGCCCGAAUAAACUCCGUACAAGUUUGUCAAGUGAAAGCGAUGUAAUCAAGAAUUAGCCACACAAGCCACAUCUAACACAAAAGUUGGUCAUGUGCAAGCGUAUCAAUAAAUUAUUAGUUCGGUUAUUACAAAAUCAUAUACGCAAUUUAAUAUCAUAUAUACUGAACUAAUUUGAUUUG